AUGAUCGACGGCUAUGAUGUAGUAUUCCAGCUCCCAGCUGAUGUCUUGAUAGAGCGUUAUUUCGCUGUGAUUAACGCAGCAAACGCCAAGAUUGCCGCUCGUUUCGGCGCAGACUCCAUCGAGGCGCUCUCUGGAGUGAAUGCUCCCCGGGAGACUAUUCUUUUCGGCCCUGAGAAAAUCUGUUAUCCGGUAGACUGGAGUCGACCUGGAUGCUGGGCUGCUCCUGACGACUUGGACAUUCCCGUGGGCGCAUUCGGUCCAGAUGACGGCACCCUGGAUCACAAUCAAGCCCGAUGGCUGAACUCCGGCACCAUCAUGGGCCCGGUUGGGGAUAUGAGGAGGCUGUUUGCAGCUACUCUGAAGCGCAUCAAUGAGACUUAUGACCCAGCACAUGAAUACAGCGACUCAGACCAAAGGUACCUGAGUGAUAUCUGGGGUGAGCAGGAAUAUUGGCGCUCUAUCGCGAGACAUGAGCUCUAUUUCCACGAUGGAGCGAAUUCAACAGACAGAUCACCAGCAGGAGAUUCCGGCGACACAGCAAGAAUCAUCCCAACUCGGGUCCCAGGCCAACGCACCGAAUUCCACAUUGGGAUCGACUACAGAUCGGAGCUGUUUCAGACACGCGUGGGCUCCGACCAGGUCAUUGAUCAUGUUGCCUUUGAUCGCCCUACCCGUGAAAAGUCUGGUCUAGCGACAUACGUAACCAAAAACACUAUCGAGUCGCCUCAUUUCAAGCCUUACUACAUCAGAUUGCCGGAGAACGUCGUAUUUUCUACCUCGCGCCUUCUCAGUGGGAUUUCGCAAAUGCUCGAAGCCAAACCGGAAGACCUCAUUUCCACCAUCCGUUUCGGAACGAACUUCGUUACCAAACAUGUAUAUGGCAUGUUCCAUUGCAUCGGUGAAAAGACAUAUCUUGAUGAUCUGUGGUAUCUGCUGUGGUUCCAGAAAUAUGCGCAGCCGCUGUUUGAAGCCGCAAUUAGAUCUGUCAAAGAAGGGAAGAAGAUUUCCGACACACCAAUUGAUGGACGAAAGUGGGAUGUUGCCCAUGGAUACCCCAAGACACCUGAGAUGGAUUUGCAGGCUGGAGGCGUGUGGGCCGAUUUCGAUGGUGAAUGGUUAAGCUGGGGAGAGCUGUGCCAGCCCUUUGAAGAGGAUCUUUUUGGGGACAAGAAAUGA